UUUUAUGACGUGUAUAAAUUGUUUUGUUUCUGAUACGUCUAAAUAUUGAAAAUAUUGCGUUGUAAAUAAUGGUGGCAAUUAAUAUUGUUAGCAUUAAAAUCUUUACUUAAGGAUAUGACAGCGCAUUUUAAUAUAGACGAAGUAGUUAAGCACGUAAAAACUAUUGCAGAUAAUAAUCGCUGUGGCAUUUGCGAUAAACUGUCUGGUGAUAGAUUGCGAUACUCUUGCGGACACUCAAUAUGUGGCGAAUGUGUAACAGUAGCUGAUGAAUGUUUAACUUGUAAUAAUACUACAAAAACAAAGCCUGCGCUUGACCUGGUUCAGGGGCAAUUGGUAAAAAAUGUUUCAAAUCUUCUAACAACAUUUCAAGAAGCGUUUAAUAUUGAUGUAUACAGGAGGUAUAGGCUUUCGGAGAAAUUGAAAAUUGAAAAUCAAUUAUUUCCAGAAUGUAUUCAAGCGUCAGUUAAAUAUUAUAACAAAAGGAGGAGUUCCAACAUUCGAACUACUGAUGACAAGGAAAACUUUGUGUCAUCAUUUUUUGCUGGUGAAGGAUUAAAUAACUCGCAUUCAACAACAAUGAACACUAGAAUAAAUUUAGUCCAAAAAUGGCUUGAAAAAAAUGAAAAAGUGGAAAGACCUGUAAGAAAACCAUUUUCAGAUAUCAAUGUAAAUAAUUCAAUUAGAAGCAACAAAGAUAAUAAGUUCAAUAAAGGUCUUCAACUGCAAAAUCAAGAAAAUGAUUUGAAAAAGAAAUCAAAGACAAGAAACAAAGAAAAAAAUAAGGCUACAAAUAAAAAAAAAUCAAAGAAUGUGUUAAGCCCCUCCUUGCUAAACUAUUAUAAGAAUGAAACAAUACAAAACAAAAGCAAGCCAGAGAACAGAAUUAGUUUUGACAAGAAAUAUGAUAAAUCAUCAAAAGUAACAACUGAUUGUAAUAAUUAUGAAAUUAAUAGUGAUGUUGAACCUAUUGAUACUAUUGUAAUAGAAGAUACACAAACACAAGUUGAUAAAGACAAAGAUGCAUGGCUAAAAGUUGUGGAAGAACAUAAUGAAUCAAUGUAUAAUAUUAAGGACAACCAAAAAAGCUUAGAACAAAAACCUCUAUCUGAAACACAAGAUGAAUUAAAAGCAGACAGAAUCACUAUGAAGAAAAAUGUUCCUUAUUAUAAAAAGGCUUAUCUUUUUAAAUCAUGUUAUUAUUGCUUAAAGAAUAAUGGUGGGAGUAUAAUAGAUAACCAGAGGCUAAAUUCAAAUAAUGUAUCAAUAACUAUUAAUACAAAGAGUAUUUCCAGUACUAUUACAGUUUUAAGAGAAGAUGAAGAUUAUAAUGAUAAAGUGAUUACCAAACAUUCAAUACAAACUCAAACUGAUGAUUAUAUUAUCGGUGUUGAACCAAAGCACUUAUCCCCUUCAAAUGAGAACAUUUCUAGUCCGGAUAUAUUUGUAGAUGAUGUAAAAAAACAAGCAGACAUUGAUAAAGAAAAUAUUAAUAACAAAGACAUUGGAAUAUCUGAUAAUUAUAAUUCUCGUCGUGUUAUAAAUGAUUCCGACAGUGAUGAUAUGGACUGCAGUGGUCCUAUUAAAGUGUCUGUGGAUGUUCACAGAUCUAAUGACAUGGAUGGAAUACUAUCAACAGUAGACUCUGCAGAUUACCAAUCCAGAGUGAGGAGGUCGGCGCGUCGCCCCACAGUCGACAGCAGCAAUUCCUCAGAAAAGGAGAAUCUAGAACCAAACAGGAUUAAAAGGCGGAAACUUGGGAAGAAACAAGUACUAAAGAAAUGAUGAAGUAUUUUAUCAAAUUAUAAAAAACAAUGGUGAAUAAUAAAUUAAUAAAGGGUGCAGAUUUAUUAUUAUACCUACCUUACCUCACACUUUGGCUUGUUCUUCAAAAAAGUUGUAUAGACCAUUGGUUUCUGAGACCAAAAUACAUUAAAAUAAAUUAAAACAUAUUUUGUUAAACAAAGAGAGGGAUAAUGAGGUUUUAUUUUUUCAGAGAUCUUGGUCUCAGAAACUGAUGAAGAAACAGCUACUUUACAUAAUCUAUGUAUUAUUUGUUUUUAACCUUUGUUUAUAAUAAGUACAUGACAUUUAGAAGAAACUCCCAUACCUAUAUUAUAAGACGAGAGAUUUUUAUUUUGUUUGCAUACAAACAACUCAACUCAAAAACUAC